AUGGGUGCGUGCCUGGGCAAGCCAUUAGCGGACGGCGAUCAUCAAGGGGGGCGGGGUAAACACAAGGGUCGACACAAAAAUGCCGCACCGCCGGAAGAACCGGAGGAGUUGGUUUUCGCGAACGAGAAACCGCCGGAGAAAGGCAUCGCGGAGGCGCAAACGCAACAGCGGAACGGCAAAAUUGCGGAAGGAUCGAGCGCGGGCGGGGGAGGAGCAACAGGGGGAGGAAAUGGCGGGGGGGGCGCGUUCGGGGCAGGCGGUGGGGGAAGGGCGGGACUGAGCCCGUUCGAGGAUCCGCGGAACAAGGUGUUCGAGUCGCCCGCAAUGUCGGUCAUGGGCACUCCCGCCAUCCACCUGUCCAACUUCUCCCCCGCGCCCGCCACUUUCGACGGUCUCGCGGGGAGCAUUCUGCAGCAGGCGGCGGAAAAGGCGCGCGUGAGCAGGCUGCGCGACGACGAGCGCGGAAAGCAGAUGGGCGCGGCGGAGGGCUCCGCGGGAGGGGGGAACCAGAUCCCCGUAGGCGUGGUGGUCGGCGGAGGGGGCGGCGGAGGGUUCGGCGCAGGGAGCGCGGGGGCGGGGAGCAGCGGAGGGUCGGGGGAGGGGCAUGAGGGGAAGGAGUUGAAUAAGAAGUUCGGGUAUGCGCGGAACAUUAACGCUAAGUACGAGUUGGAACACGAGGUGGGGCGCGGGCACUUCGGGCACACAUGCGCGGCGACGGGGAAGAAGGGCGAGGUGAAGGGCGUGCAGUGCGCCAUCAAAGUCAUUCCCAAGGCCAAUAUGACAACGGUGAUAGCGGUGGAGGACGUGAAGAGGGAGGUGCGGUUGAUGCGAGCGCUGGGCCCGCAGGAGUUUGCAGUGCGUUUCUUUGAUGCCUAUGAGGACCAACUCAACGUGUACAUAGCCAUGGAGUUGUGUGAGGGAGGCGAGCUGCUCGAGCGCCUGCUGCAACGAGGAGGAAAGUACCCGGAGCACGAGGCGAGGGAGGUGAUGCGCCAGAUCCUCAACAUCAUUGCCUUCCUGCACCAGCAGGGCGUCGUGCACCGCGACUUAAAGCCCGAGAACUUCCUCUUCAAGUCGCGAGACGAAGGCUCGGCGCUACGAGCCAUCGACUUUGGUCUCUCCGACUUCGUCCGGCCGGACCAGAAGCUCAACGACAUCGUAGGCUCGGCGUACUACAUCGCCCCGGAGGUCCUCCACCGAGCCUACGGCACCGAAGCUGACGUGUGGUCCGUGGGAGUCAUAGCCUACAUCCUCCUGUCCGGAUCACGGCCCUUCUGGGCGCGCACGGAGUCGGGUAUUUUCCGCGCCGUGCUGCGCCUGGAGCCGAACCUGAUAGACGCGCCGUGGCCCGCGGUGUCGCAUGCCGGAAGGGACUUUGUGCACCGGCUGCUCACUAAGGACUACCGCCGCCGCCCCACUGCCGCCCAGGCACUGACGCACCCAUGGAUUCGCAGCAGCAGUGCGCGCAUCCCUCUGGACAUCGCCGUGUACAAGAGCCUGCGCGCCUUCUUCUCCUUCUCUCCGCUCCGCCGCGCUGGGCUCAAGGCGUUGGUGCCAACGCUGACGGAGGACGAGCUGGUGUAUCUGAGGGCGCAGUUUGGGUACAUGGACGUGGACGGGGACGGGCUCAUUGACUUCAACGACCUCAAAAACGCGAUGCAGCGCGUGGCAACAGACGCCAUGAGGGAGUCUCACACCAUCGACCUGCUCAAAACGUUGGAGCCAGCGCGCAUAUCGCGAAUGCCCUUCACCGACUUCUGUGCAGCGGCGCUGAAUGUGUUUCAGCUGGAGGCGCUGCCCAACUGGCCCGAGCGCGCGCGCGUGGCGUACCAGACGUUCGUGAGGGGGGGCAAGGCGCAUGUUACCAUCGAUGAGCUCGUCAAGGAGUUGGGCCAAGUGGAGUCCAUGGCCAACGCGGCCCUGCUGGACGAGUGGACCAACUUCGAUGGCACCGUCAGCUUCCUGGGCUUCACGCGCCUGGUGCACGGCCCCUCGCGCGCGCGCAAGCAGCGCCACGUGCGCGCCAAGCCCAAGCCGUCCGUGUCGCCCACUUCGUCGGGGAGAGUGAAGCACCCCCCUGGGGCCCCUGAGAUGAAGUCCAUUCCCGAGGAUGGCGGGGAGGGGAAGGCCGCGCAGGGGAUCCUACUCGCAGCAGCAGCAGCAGCAGCAGCUGCUGCAGCAGCAGCAGCAGCAGCAGCAGCAUGGGGGCAUUGGGGGAAGGGGGAAGGUCAGGGGGGAGUGCUUCUGGGGGGAACAGAUUAG